AAGAAAUGGAUAAGAAGCGCAGUGGGCGCAGUACGCACCUUUGGUGCUUGUUGUUCCCAGUGGGAGACUGAGACCACUCCAGGUCGAAAUAGAAAAGAUCAGAAACUAACCUUUCAGACCUGAAUUCUAGCAUUAUUUAAACAAACAAAAUCACCAACUAUUCUUUCUCACACACUCCUUGAACCGAUUCUAACUGAAUGAAUCUCAAUGGAACCUCCGCUCGUCAACGACGCCACAUUCUCUUCGGCCAACCCUUCUUUGUCCGAGAUUUGGCCCUCGCAAUUCCCCUCCUCCAACAAGAGACCCUCUUCUCUUCUUCUUCACAAUCACUCUUCUAACAGUAACAAACACGUUAAGCUAUCACCAUCUUCAGAGACACACCAAAACGCUGCGUUGCGUCCUCUUCAACCCGACGCCACUUCCGUAGCUGCCGCCAACAGCUCACCCCUUCAAACUCCCAAACCCAAGCAGGACUACAUACACGUCCGAGCAAGAAGAGGCCAAGCCACCGAUAGCCACAGCCUCGCCGAAAGAGCUCGUAGGGAAAAGAUAAGUGAGAGGAUGAAAAUUCUUCAAGAUUUAGUCCCCGGCUGUGGCAAGGUAAUUGGUAAAGCGCUUGUCCUGGAUGAGAUUAUUAACUACAUCCAGUCUCUGCAGCGUCAGGUUGAGUUUCUUUCGAUGAAGCUUGAGGCGGUUAAUUCGAGAUUGAGUAUUAGCCCUUCUAUUGAAUGUUUUCCCACAAAAGAAGUUGCCACUCAGCCAUUUGACCUUUCAGGAAUAAUAUUUGGAUCACAACCGGCAAGGGGAUUUGCUCAAGGAUCACAAGCUGGAUGGCUGCAUAUGCAGAUAGCUGGUGGUUUUGAGAAAGUAACAUAAUUUGAACGAGAUUCACUGGGAAUGACACAUCAAUCAGUGUGGUUGGUUUUCCAUUAAAAAGGAAAAAGUCACAGCAGAUGAUGGCUGGUUAGCAUUCUAAUAACAACUUAGUGUCCUUUGAUGCAAAAUGUUGUUAGAUCAUUUGCUUUUUUCUCUCAUAGUGAGAUAUCCAUUGAAAGAAAUACAUCUAAUCUCCUUGGGCAUUUGGAAUAAUUUUAUUGUGGUUUUUGUUCAAAAACUCUGCUGUGUUGAGAUUCUUCUCUCCUGAUUUGUUGUAUCACAGUUCAUAUAUGUCAGGAAGAUAUUAUUUACCUUUAGAGACAAUAUGAAAAUUACCCGAGUUAGUAAUCGAGUCACUGUCAGAACAUAUGACCAAAUAAAAUGUAUUAAAUUUCUGUA